AUGUCAGAAGAAGUUGGGGCUCCCAGGAGCCCCGCCUCAGCAGCUGGAGGUCAUGUCCCCUUUCUGCACGAAGAACUGUGUGACCGUGAUUCUGUACCUGCCAAGUGUAAAUGGCCAGCAGCUCCAUCACCUCCCGUACCAGACAAUCCCCAGCUGCAGUCCAGAGCAUCAUUGGACUCUAUAAUCGGGGAAGGAUGUAGAAUUCAAGUGUCUGUUAUUCUGCCUGUUCACAAUACUGAAUGUUGGUUGGAUGAAUGCUUGAAGUCAGUUGUGGAGCAAGAUUUUGAAGGUACCAUGGAGUUGUCUGUGUUUAAUGAUGCUAGUAAGGACAAUUCAAUUAAUAUAAUUGAAAAAUGGAAGUUCAAGUUAGAAGAUGUGGGUAUUCGGGUUGUCAUUGGUGGUCAUGAUUCACCUCAACCCCAAGGAGUUGGCUUUGCUAAAAACCAAGCAGUAAUACAGAGCUCUGGGACCUACCUCUGCUUUCUGGAUUCUGAUGAUGUGAUGAUGCCACAGAGGGUGAGACUGCAGCAUGAAGCUGCCAUUCAGCACCCAAAUAGUAUUAUAGGUUGCCAAGUCAGGAGAGAGCCAUUGGAUUCUACUGAACGAUAUACUCGUUGGAUCAAUAAUCUGACACCUGGACAACUUCUUACACAGGUGUUUACCUCCCAUGGACCCACUGUGAUCAUGCCUACCUGGUUCUGCUCCCGAGAAUGGUUUUGUCAUGUGGGCAAAUUUGAUGAGGGUGGGAAGGGUGUUCCAGAAGACUUGCUGUUCUUUUAUGAACAUAUCCGAAAGGGUGGUGGAGUCUUUCGAGUUGACCAGUGCCUCCUCCAGUAUCGCUACCAUCCACAGGCAGCAACUCAUUCUGUUCUAGAGGGAACCAUCUGGAAUCACCGAGUCAGGUUUCUGGAAGACAGAGCCCUCAAGCACUGGACAUCUUUCACCAUUUGGAAUGCUGGCAAACAGGGCAGGAAGCUCUAUAGAAGCUUAUCACCAGCUAAUCAGAAAAAGGUAGCUGCAUUUUGUGAUGUUGAUGAAAAUAAAAUAGCGAAAGGUUUCUACACUUACCAAGAAUCCAAGGAGAGACCAAAACCCCAAAUUCCCAUACAACAUUUCAGAGAUGCAACCCCACCUUUCAUUAUCUGUGUAAAGUUGGAUCUGACAGGUGGAGGAUUUGAAGAAAACUUGUCCACACUAGACUUGAAAGAGGGACUGGAUUAUCAUCAUUUCAACUGAACACUGAGCUCAGUCAAACUCCAGUUUAUCAAGAUGCUGCAGCACAGAU